ACAUCCGAUUCAACAAGGAUUUAUCAGUGACAGCCUGUACACUCAAUUCGUCUUCUGAUAUAUCACAUUUUAAUCUUCUAUCUAUCGACACGAGGAAAAGCUGGAGAAAUAUUUCCGUAUCGUCAGUUUCUUGGAGCUUUUACUGGUGACUUGUGAUAUUUUGUCGGGUCAACUCCCGUACAUCACCGCCAUAUACUGAGACUUUCUACAUAAGCAUGGCCCUGUGUCACGAGAAUAGUGCCGCGAUGUUCGCUUCCCGACCCUCGCCAAACACCUACAGCUACCCUAGUUUUGGGUACCCCACCCAGGGAGGAUACGGUCAGGAUUAUGGACAAUACGCUAUGACCGACCCUAGUGCUCUUCAACAGUCCUGGAUGUACGGCAGUGCACCCCGCCCUGCUCACGGGGGGAUCGAAGACUGGGGUCAGGCCUACACUGUCCCCACCACCAGCGCCGCCCUCCAGCAGGGGCCCUACAACUACUCCUACCGCACCCACGAGACGGGGUACCCCCAGCCAGUAGUCACACAGGCGGACAGUCCUCACCUAACAGUUCUAGACAAUCCUCACCCCCAGGAUUCCUGUUCACCGCCCGGCACAACAGCAAGUCUCAGCCCCGGGGGUAGCAACAACGCCAAGCAACUCCGAGCACCCUUCGAAUGGAUGAAAUGUUCACAACAAGCUCCUGCUCCUGGUAAGACACGCACCAAGGACAAGUACCGCGUUGUUUACAGUGAUCACCAGCGUCUGGAACUGGAGAAGGAGUUUCACUACAGCCGAUACAUCACCAUCCGCCGUAAAGCCGAGCUCGCCAACCAACUCCAACUGUCCGAGAGACAAGUCAAGAUCUGGUUCCAGAACCGUCGGGCCAAGGAAAGGAAACAGAACAAAAAGAAGGACAGCACUGACAAGAUGUCCCCUGAUUCCCCCUCCGAGAUGUCCGGUAUCCCACCCCAGUACUCUCAGGUCUCCCCCACCAUGCCCAGCCUCCCCCCGGUGACGUCACAGCACCAGCUUCUCGUGCCAUCACAUUCCAUGUAUGACGCUAAGCCAGAACAUCAUUCACCAACCUCAUCCGUUCUCUCUAGUCACGUGCAAGUUCCGGUCACUAUGGCACACACGCAUUCGCCACUUCCCGUGACCAAAUGUGAAAAUGACUAUUAGUUUGUGAGAAAGAAAUUGACUUUUAUAACGAGAACAAACGAGAUUUAUAGACACUGCGGCUCAUCCACUUUACACCCGAAGUCUGCAAUAUGAGAUUUUACUUACGGAGGUUAUGUGCAAAUAAACAUUGACUCUGUGUUGUGCAGUACGACUGUUGUGCUAGUGUCUGUGACUGUCACCAAGGACUACAGCUAAAGUGAUUUCAAGGACACAUGGCAUUAUGUGAUUUUAAGAUUUUGCAUUGUAUUUGUCCGGGGUACAUGAAUUAUGUAAAUAAGAAACGAGAGGGUGCCCUUUGACGACUGUAAAUACAUUUUUUGUCACCAUGUCAAAUAUUUAUGAAAAAAAGUUGAAAUUACAACUUUUAAUAUAAAACACAAAUCUGAAAA